AGCCUGCUAUCCCCGCAAACCCGCCUAAGGGGUUUUGGCUCCCUCGACUCACCGCUUACCUAGUUAUUUUUGCUGCUUGCCCAGCGUCAUUCUGCCUGACGAGCGUUUCUCCUCCGUAAUAUUCGCCGCAUCUGUCGGUGACGUUCUUCGCCAUGGCUGCCAUGGCGACCUUGCUUCCCGCGCUUAGCUCCGCCGCGGUUUCCGCCAGCUUCUCCGCCGUCUCGUCGCGGAGCAAGAGCCUCGCCUGCGAGCCCCUCACUUUCUCGAUGCGCACCCUCCGCCUCGCCGUCCCCCAAGCCACCACUGCCCCACUGGUCGAGCUGGCAGCUGACGUGGCGGAGGCCACGUCAGCAGUGGAGGAUCUGCCGCUACAGUCAGCAGAGGACAUCAAGGCGGCGCGGAAGGAAGAGCAGCGGCGCAAGCGAUUGGUGCAGAAGAGGAAGCUGAGGAAGAAGGGCAGAUGGCCCCCUUCCAAGAUGAAGCAGCACCAGAAUGUGUAGAAGGCGGAUUUGAAUUAAUGCUAUGCUCUCACCAAAUGUUGACUGUAUCUGUAUACAUGAGACUUGCAAUGGAGGCGUGUCUCAGCAGUAGGUUACAGUUUUGUGCAAUGUGCACCUACGAGCGGAGGUGCAAGCGGUUAGUGCAGGAGAGGAAGCUCGGGGAGAAGGGCAGGUGAUGUCAUUUCAAGAUGGAGCAGCACCAGAAUGUGUAACACCGGGUUGUGUGAACGCGGGAAAUGGUUGCUUCUAUGGAUAGCAUGUCAAGCUGCAAUGUGUUAUACAUGCAUGUUGACGAAGACUGUAAAGAAAGCAGGAAAUUGCCA